CAGGUCGCUGCAAAAAAUCCUGCAAAAGACUAUGAUGACCUGUUUGAUGAUGACGAUGACAGACUGAUGGAUGAAGGACUGAGUGACACAAAGUCUCCAGCUAAGAAAGCCGUUGGCUGGGACGAUGACGAUGACGAUUUCCUGGUGCCUGCGACUGGGCGGGUGAAGAACAGAGGAGCGUUCCUGGAUGACGAGAACUCAUUAGACACAGGAUCACUGAAGCUUGGUCAGGACAAAUUGGGGGACGACGACGACAAUGACGCAGGCAGUUCUGUGGCGCCUGCAGCAGCCCCAGUGGUGCCCCUGCGUCCUGUCUACGAGGGGCCCGUGCCAACUCCUCCCCAGAAAGCCUUCCAGCCGGGCUCCACCCCUGCACAUCUCACACACCGCUUCAUGAUGUGGAACUCCGUGGGUAUAGUGCGAGGCUACAACGACGAGCAGGACAACGCCAUCGAUGUGGAGUUUCACGACACGGCCGUGCACCACGCCAUGCACCUCACCAACUCACUGGGUCACACCGUGGCUGAUCUCUCCCAGGAGGCCGUGCUGCUGGCCUGCCCCAGCACAGAAGAGCUCGCUAGUAAGCUGCAGUGCCUUCACUUCUCCUCGUGGGACACCAAUAAGGAGUGGAUGGUCGACCUUCCUAAAGGGGAGGACGUGAGGGCGCUUUGUCUGGGUCAAGGCUGGGCAGCAGUCGCCACCAGCACGCUGAUGAUCAGGCUCUUCUCCAUCGGAGGAGUACAGAGAGAAUUGUUCAGCCUGCCAGGGCCUGUGGUCUGCAUGGCAGGACAUGGAGAGCAGCUGCUCGUCGUCUACCAUCGGGCUACAGGUUUCGAUGGAGAACAGGCUCUGGGUGUCCAGCUGCUGCAGUUAAGUCGAAAGAGGAGGCAACUCAUCAGUGGCGAACCCCUCCCCCUCUCUCAAAAAUCGUACUUGUCUUGGCUCGGCUUCACAGCCGAGGGUACCCCGUGCUAUGUGGAUUCAGACGGCGUGGUGCGAAUGCUGAACCGCUCCCUGGGCAACACAUGGACUCCAGUGUGCAACACCAGGGAGACCUGCAAGAGCAAAUCAGAUCACUACUGGGUGGUUGGAGUGCACGAGAACCCUCAGCAGCUCAGGUGUAUUCCAUGUAAAGGCUCCAGGUAUCCUCCCACCCUGCCCAGACCGGCCGUGGCCAUCCUACCCUUCAAGCUGCCCCUGUGUCAGACCACAACAGAGAAGGGGCAGAUGGAGGAGCAGUUCUGGCGUUCGGUCCUUUUCCACGACCACUACAGCUUCCUGUCCUCCAGCGGCUACGAAAUAGAUGAAGACGCUGAGAAUCAGUCCCAGAAGGAGCAGCAGGAGCUGCUCAUGAAGAUGUUUGCAUUGUCCUGCAAACUGGAGCGAGAGUUUCGCUGUGUGGAGCUGGCAGAGAUGAUGACCCAGAAUGUGGUGACUCUGGCCAUACGAUACGCAUCCCGAUCCAGACGCAUGGCCCUCGCACAGCGGCUCAGUGAGAUUGCUCUGGAGAAAUCCAACCAGAUGCAGGAAGACGAGCAAGAGGAGCCUGAAUGCUCCAGCACGAGACGGAGCUCUGGGUAUGGCCACACCGACGUCACAGCGGGAGGACGUUACAGCAGAAGACAGAAUCAGCAGGAGGAGCAAGAGGAUGAGGAGGAAAGAGGAGAAGAGCUCAUGGAGGAAGAGGACAGACAGGAGAUGGAGCCGGAAGAGGCGACAGAAACAAAAAAACGUGUGAACCCGUUUGCUAAAGAAGCCGGCUCACCCAUCAAGCCGUCUCCGACACCAAUUGGUAAAAUGGGACGUGCAAAUCCUUUUAAGGUUCCUGGUUCGGGGAAAAUGUCAGCUUCAUCUGGUCAGCCGCGAGUAACAAACAUCCUGGACAACAUGACGUCCAGCAAGAAGUCAGCUCAGCUCAGCAGCUCUGGGGGGAAACCCAGUAAAAGUCCCAUCCUCAAACCUCUGGCCCCCAAGCCAAAAACCAAGACUCAGUCUACUCUGCUGCAGAUGGCUGCCACAAAGACAGCUAAUAAGAAGGUUCAGGAGAAUACAGAGCAAGCUGCAAAUCUGCAGAAACAACCAGACACCCCGCCUCCAGGACCACCUGCAGAUAACUCUGAAAACAAGAGGCCAAAGACAGGCUUCCAGCUUUGGUUGGAGGAGAACAGGAAAAGUAUCCUAGCCGACAACCCUGACCUGGAAGAGACCGACGUCAUCAAGGAGGCUAUGGGACGCUUCAGGACGCUGUCGGCGGAGGAGAGACUGUCAUGGACAGAAAGAGCUAAAGGCCAGAGCGGAGACGCAGCAGAUCUGAAGAAGAGGAAAAGAGCAGAAGGAGGAGAAGGCGUGGAAAAUGAAAAUGAAAAGGCCGAAGCUGAUGAAAGUAGUGCCAAGAAGAAGAAGUCUUUGGAUCCCUCUUCCAAGCUUUCAGUGUUUGCGUUUAACCAAAACUAAACCUCCAGUGGACGGAGAUCACAUGUAUAUCAACAACUGCCCUCAGUGUUGGAGACGGAUGAGUGAUGUUCAGUAAAAAUGUACGCUUGGUUCUUCUUUUUUUUCUUUGUUUGUUUGUUUUUUACACUUACUGUAUUUUAACAAUUUAAUAAAUGUAAAUGUUUGUUAGUUCA